AUGGGAGAUCCGUACCGCCAAAAUUCCGCCUACGACUACCCCACCACCACUACAACCCACGCCCCUUACAAUCCCACCCAAUACGCUCCUCCAGCAGCAGACCAGUAUGCCGGCGCCCUAACGACUCGUCACGGCUCUACAGCCAGCAGCUACUAUCCCUCCCAAUCGAACAUGCAACUUUCGCAAUCCUCCAACCGCCCUCCUGACUCCGACUACCUGGACCCAAACCGCCCUCGCAGCGGCCACAGGCACGGGCACAAAUCCCGCGACCAUUCGCGCCAUGGUAGAGACGCCGACCGUGACGACGAUGGCCACCGUGGCCAUGGGAGGGAUAGGAGUCGCUCCAAGAGCCGCGGUGCGGAAUGGGGCGCCACUCUCGCCGGCGCGGCCGCCGGAGGUUUGCUGGGGCGCAAAGCGGGACACGGUGGCAACCUAGGCACGGUCGGUGGGAUCAUCGCCGGCGCCGUCGGCGCGCACGAACUGGAGCGCGGAUACGAGAAACGGAAGGAGAAGAAACGGCUGGAAGACCCAUACGCGGAGGAGAGGCCCUCGAACCACAGGCGCAGAUCUAGCGGCGGAUUGAUCGGCGGGAUGAAGGAUAAGGUCGAGGGAUUGCUGAAUCCGGACUCGGGGAAGGAAAAGAGGCGGUCGAAGAGUCAUGUCUCUUCGAGCCGGAGGAGCAGGGGCUAUGAUGACUACAGCGACGAUGAGUACGAUGAUCGGUAUGAUGGCAAGAAUUCCGGGGGCGGAAGGAGUAGACGGGAUGAUUAUUACUGA